CUACUAUGCUGGUUUGUUGACAAAUGUUGACAAGAAAAUAUAUUUUGAAUUUUUUAUUUUAUUUCAAAAAAAUAUAGGGGAGGAACUUUUUGGGGGCCAUAGCUAGUUUGAAGGAGAUUGCGGUUUCAGUCUGUGACAGCAGAUUUCAAGGGUGAACGGACAGAAUCAAAGAGUUUGGCGAUUGAUGGACUUAAAUUCAACGCACAGCAGCGCCUCGGCUUCACUGAUGCAGUCGAUGUAACUGCUGCUGCAGGUCGAAGGUUUCCCUGGCAGGUGGCUUAAAAUACGAUUCUUCCUCCGAUCAGCCAAUGACCGUCAGACUGGGUCGCCUUAAUGUUGGCAGAAUGUAUUCAGACCCUUCGGGAAGAGAUCUGUUGGGAAACAGGACCCUGUUUUUCAUAUUUGUUUGUUCUUUUGCAAUAGUCACUUUGCUGCAGCAGAUUCUCUACGGCAAGAACUACAUUAAAAGAUACUUUGAGUUGCGUGAAGGCUCAUUCGAGUACAACUCCUCAAUAUGCCGGAAGCUACGAAAUGAGAUCACGGAGGUGAAGAUACUUUCCAUGGUGACACAGUCUGAACUGUUUGACAGAUGGAAGACCCUGCAAAUGUGUAAAUGGAAAAGGAAUGAGACUGCAGCCAAUAUUUUCAGAUCUCAUUUGACUCGAUGCUGCAAUGCUCCCGUAUUUCUAUUUACAACGCAGAAGAACACCCCCCAGGGCUUUAAGCUGAAGUAUGAAGUAGACAGCAGUGGCUUCCUCUUCAUUGAUGCUGAAGUCUUCCAAUUGUUUCCAAAGGAAAUGCCGUAUUCACGUUCCCAGUUUAAGAAAUGUGCAGUGGUUGGGAAUGGAGGAAUCCUGAAGAACAGCAGAUGCGGGAAUGAUAUUGACUCUGCAGACUUUGUGUUCAGAUGUAAUUUGCCACCAAUCUCUGAAAAAUAUACCAUGGACGUUGGACUGAAGACUGAUAUUGUGACGAUAAAUCCAAGUAUUGUAACUGAAAGAUUCCAAAAACUGGAGAAGUGGAGGCGGCCAUUUUAUGAAGUUCUACAGGCCUAUGAAAAUGCAUCUGUGGUUAUGCCAGCUUUCUACAAUACCCGCAACACAGACGUUUCAUUCAGGGUCAAGUAUGUCCUGGAUGAUUUUGAGUCUCAACAAUCAAUGUUCUACUUCCAUCCACGAUAUCUUGAGAACGUCUCCCGUUUCUGGAUGAAACAAGGGCUCAGAGCCAAACGACUGAGUAGUGGCCUAAUGUUGGUGACAGCUGCCAUGGAGCUGUGUGAAGAGGUCCAUCUCUAUGGUUUCUGGGCAUUUUCAAUGGACCCUUCAGGAUUGUACAUUACCCACCAUUACUAUGACAAUGUUAAACCUCAGCCUGGUUUCCACAAGAUGACUUCUGAGAUUUUCAACUUUCUGCACAUGCACAGUAAGGGGAUUCUUCAGGUCCACACUGGGAUUUGUAGCUGAUGUUCAACAGGCUUCAACCACUAAGGUGAAUCUACCUAUAAAUUCAAAUUGGAUAGAUUGAAUUUUACCUAGUGCACAUUUUGGAUCUUCAUUGAAUGGACCAUCCUUUCACAUUAAUGGUUAGAUAAGUAUGCAGUAAGUAGAGUAGUUAUGCUAUCACUGUGAUUAGAUAUACAAAAUUCACAGGGGGCCCCCAAAAAAUAGCUAGGUUGGGAUUUGGUAGGAUGUUAAAAUAUUAAUACUUUGACUCAAGGUUUUAUGGAUAGUCAUUGUUCUGCCAGGUUGUUUU